GGAGCGGGAGGCGAGGUUCCUUUCCUGCCGGUGCAGAAAGAGGGUGCAGUUGCGGGGAGGUUGUCUGCCUGUCCAGCGAGAGGUGUGUGCCCGCGGGGGAAGGUGGCGGAAGUUAAGGAGUGAGCGGCGGCGGCUGCAGCUCCAGCCCACCAACGCAGCAGUCGCGUCCAUGGCCCCGCGCAGGAAGCCGGGCCGGUCAGCCGGGGGCAGCCCUGGCGCCUCCUCCUCCAGCUCUUGAUCCUCGGCCCUUCGUCAUCAUGUAGGAAGCGCUGCAGAGGGCUUCGGGAAGUGCUGUCGGAGGCAUGGCUUGGGCGGCUCUGGGCUAGGGACAGGCGCAAGCAGAGGAGAAGAGACGUCGAGGCUAGCGAGCCUUUUACCUGGAAGGGGGAGCCCGGCGCAGCCCCAGCCGGAGGCAUGUCUGGUUGCCUUGGUUUGACUCCUGUGGAGCGCGCCGAGACACUUCAGGCAGCCACGCCUUUCAGUUAGGCGCUUCUCCAGCUUGUACGCGGACCUGGACUGGGCGAGGGGGUUGCAUCCCAUCCACCCCCGCAGUCAGAUUCCGAGAUGUACACGUUUGUUGUGCGAGAUGAAAACAGCAGCAUUUAUGCUGAAGUGUCCAAAAUCCUUCUUUCCACCGGACAAUGGAGGAGGCUGAAAAGGGACAACCCCCGGUUUAACCUCAUGCUGGGGGAGAGAAACAGGCUGCCUUUUGGGAGACUGGGUCAUGAGCCUGGACUUACACAGCUGGUGAACUACUACAGAGGAGCUGAUAAACUUUGUCGCAAAGCUUCUUUAGUGAAAUUAAUCAAGACAAGUCCUGAAUUGGCAGAAUCCUGCACAUGGUUCCCAGAAUCUUACAUGAUUUAUCCAACUAAUCUAAAGACUCCAGUAGCUCCAGCACAGAAUGGGAUGCAUCAUCUGAUAAAUAACCCAAGAACAGAUGAAAGGGAAGUCUUCCUGGCAUCAUAUCAGAAGAGGAAAGAGAGCGGAGAAGGAAAUGUUUGGAUAGCCAAAUCCUCGGCAGGUGCCAAAGGUGAAGGGAUUCUUAUUUCUUCAGAAGCUACUGAACUCCUGGACUUCAUAGAUAAUCAAGGACAAGUGCAUGUGAUUCAGAAAUACCUUGAGAAGCCUUUGCUCUUAGAACCAGGUCAUCGUAAAUUUGAUAUUAGAAGCUGGGUACUAGUGGAUCACCAGUAUAAUAUCUACCUCUACAAAGAAGGCGUUCUACGGACUUCUUCAGAACCUUAUAAUAGUGCUAAUUUUCUGGACAAAACCUGCCAUCUGACCAAUCACUGCAUACAAAAAGAGUACUCUAAAAACUAUGGGAGAUAUGAAGAAGGGAAUGAGAUGUUUUUUGAGGAGUUUAAUCAGUAUCUGAUGAGCGCUUUGAAUGUUACUCUGGAAAAUACGAUCUUAUUACAAGUCAAAAAUAUAAUAAGAAGCUGCCUUAUGUGUAUAGAACCUGCUAUCAGCACCAAACACCUCCACUAUCAGAGCUUCCAGCUUUUUGGCUUUGAUUUCAUGGUGGAUGAGGACUUGAAGGUUUGGCUAAUUGAAGUUAAUGGUGCCCCUGCUUGUGCCCAGAAACUUUAUGCAGAGCUUUGCCAAGGCAUAGUGGAUGUGGCCAUUUCUAGCGUCUUUCCCCUUAGUGACACUGUGCAAAAGCAGAGUCAGCAAUCAAUAUUUAUUAAGUUGUGAGAAUAUUCAAGCAUCUACGCAACACACAUGGAAGAACUGUUGCCUGUUGAACCUAGGGAAAAAGAAGAAAUGUGAAAUGAUCAUUUCACCUACGUGUCAUGCCAAAAUAAUGGAUCAACAUCAUCUUUAAAAAAGAGAGAGGAAAGAUUCCAUGGAGAGUAUAAGAUGAAUGGAAGUCAUCUCGUCAGUGCUGUCCAUGUUUUGGAAAGCUUUGAUUUAAAAAAACCUGUUCCUGUAACCGAAGCAGAUUUCUCUGGGAGAACAACAAAACAGCUUUUUUAAAAAAAUACAUGCAAAACCAGGGAUAUAAUUUUUUUAAAACAACCCUGUGAAUUGUGUUUGCCUCCCUUCCUUUUCCUCCCUCUAAGUAAUAAAUUAUUUUUCCAAACUGUAGUACUAGUAGCCUUUCAGGGACUUUGAAGGGUUUGUCAACUCAACCUGUGUGGUUUUUGUUUUCUCCACGUGCUACAUUUCUAGUGCCUUAGCUUUAUUCCCAGUAACCAAGCUACUUUGUUCUUCUUUUGUUCUGU